CGGCCUUGGUUCGCCCAUCAUCCGUCCCAGUUGCUGGGGAGAAGGGGAGGAUCUAAGGUGACGUCAUGGAUAACUCGAUUCAGGCCCCCAUGGUGAAUUACCUGCGAUGGGACCUGACGGCGGAACAAAUUGAAAACCUGACCGAUGAGCUCAUCGAAAAAACCAAGCUGGUGUACGAUCGGGUGGGCGCCCAGGAGCGGAGAGAGGUGUCUUACGAAAACACCCUCAAGGCUCUGGCUGACGUGGAGGUGGAGUAUACAGUACAGAGGAACAUUCUGGAUUUCCCCCAGCACGUCUCCCCUUCCAAGGAAAUUCGCUCAGCCAGUACCGAGGCGGACAAGAAGCUCUCUGCGUUUGAUGUGGAAAUGAGCAUGAGGCAUGAUGUGUACCAGAGAAUCGUCUGGCUGCAGGAAAAAUCGCAAACCGAGUCACUGAAGCCGGAAGCCAAGCGGUACCUGGAACGGCUGAUCAAGCUGGGGAAAAGGAACGGACUUCACCUUCCUGAAGAGACUCAAGAAAAAAUCAAAGCCAUUAAGAAGAACCUGAGCCUCCUCUGCAUCGACUUCAACAAGAACCUAAAUGAGGACACCACCUUCCUACCCUUCUCCAGGGAGGAGCUGGGAGGGCUCCCGGAGGACUUUCUCAACUCUCUGGAGAAGACGGAGGAUGAGAAGCUGAAGGUCACCCUCAAGUACCCCCAUUACUUUCCUCUCCUGAAGAAGUGCCACGUGCCAGAGACCAGGCGGAAGGUGGAGGAAGCGUUCAAUUGCAGGUGCAAGGAGGAGAAUUGUGUGAUCCUCAAGGAGCUAGUGGACCUGCGGGCCCAAAAAUCCAGCCUGCUGGGUUUCAGCACUCACGCCGACUAUGUCCUGGAGAUGAACAUGGCUAAAACCAGCAAGAAUGUGGCUACUUUCCUAGACGAACUGGCCCAGAAACUGAAGCCACUGGGAGAGGAGGAGCGAGCCAUCAUCCUGGAGUUGAAAAAGAAAGAGUGCAAGCUGCGAGGCCUGGAGUUCGACUCCCGGAUCAACGCCUGGGACAUGCGUUACUACAUGAAUCAGGUGGAGGAGACCCGCUACAGUGUGGACCAGAACCUGCUGAAGGAGUACUUUCCCAUGCAGGUGGUCACGCAGGGCCUCCUGGGCCUUUACCAGGAGCUGCUGGGGCUGACCUUCAACCUGGAAGAGAACGCCGUGGUGUGGCACGAGGAUGUGAAGCUGUACUCAGUGAGGGAUGUAGCCUCGGGGAAGGAGAUUGGGAAGUUCUACCUGGACCUGUACCCGCGGGAAGGGAAAUACGGCCACGCGGCCUGCUUUGGCCUGCAGCCCGGCUGCCUCCUGUCCGAUGGCAGCCGCCAGAUCUCCAUCGCAGCCAUGGUGGCCAACUUCACCAAGCCCACACCGGACGCCCCAUCUCUGCUCCAGCACGACGAGGUGGAGACGUAUUUCCACGAGUUUGGGCACGUGAUGCACCAGCUCUGCUCUCAGGCCGAGUUUGCCAUGUUCAGCGGAACCCACGUGGAGAGAGAUUUUGUGGAGGCGCCGUCACAGAUGUUGGAAAACUGGGUGUGGGAGAAGGAGCCCCUACAGCGAAUGUCCAGGCACUACAAGACUGGCAACGCCAUUCCUCACGAGCUCCUGGAGAAACUCAUGAAAUCUCGCCAGGCAAACACAGGUCUUUUCAACCUCCGUCAGAUCGUCUUGGCCAAGGUGGACCAGGCUCUGCACACCCAGAUCAAAGCAGAUCCUGCCGAGGAGUACGCCCGGCUGUGUGAGGAGGUGCUCGGGGUCCCAGCCACUCCAGGUACUAAUAUGCCAGCCACUUUUGGCCACCUGGCCGGGGGCUAUGACGCACAGUACUACGGCUACCUCUGGAGCGAAGUGUAUUCCAUGGACAUGUUCCACACCCGCUUCAAGCAGGAAGGCAUCCUGAAUGCGAAGGUUGGAACAGACUACAGAACCUGCAUCCUGAAACCAGGGGGCUCCGUGGAUGCUUGCGACAUGCUAAGGAAGUUCUUAGGUCGAGACCCCAAGCAAGAUGCCUUCCUUCAGAGCAAAGGACUGAAGGUGGAGAGUACCUCACUGCCCUCAGCCUGCUGAGGGGCCUCGCCCAGCCCCGGGGCCAGGGUGGGAGGGCAGAUGGUGUGAGGUUCAUUUCCUCUGGGGCUGGCUGCUGGGACCCCACCUGACGUGACGCCCUUUGUCCUGCCCUUUGUCCUGUUGCCUUAAACCCUCAACAGGAGAGGUCUCCCCAGUUCGAGACGGGUUGAGAGGGGAUCGGCCGCCCCUCCACGCAAAUUCCCUUGGAAAGGAUUUCCAGAGCCUGGCCAGUAGGGUUUCCAUCCUCAAAGCUUGAAUUCAGCAGGUAGCCAUUACAAAUAAGGGGGUCAGGUUUACCAUAUUUACUUACAUAAUUGUCCCACUU